AUGUGUCCUGAUCUACAUUCAAACUCUGCCCAUUCUAGUUGCUGGGACGAGGUGGAGGGGUACCUCAGCGGCUUCACCAAGCUGGAGGACAACCGCUACUCCAUGAAGAUCUUCUUUGAGAUCCGCAAGCAGAAGUACCUCGAGGCCCUUGAUAGGGCCAAGGCUGUGGAGAUUCUCGUGAAGGAUCUGAAGGUGUUCGCCUCCUUCAAUGAGGAGCUGUUCAAGGAGAUAACACAGUUGCUGACCUUGGAGAAUUUUAGCCACACCAAUGGGGAUCUUCAUGCUGCAAACAUUGACAACAAUCAAGGUUCCGACAAUGAUGGUGAUCAUGCAUCGAUAAUGUGA